GGGAUUUAACGACGUGAAUAUAUACGCAGUCGAAGGGCUUCAGACCUCUCCUGUUGUCUGUUUCCUUUCUUGUUCUACUCUCGGUUUUCAUCCUUAUUUCGUCUCCUUCUCUCACCACCGCGGUCUAACAUCUCUACUAAAAUAUUAUAUACCUUUACUUGUUUCUCUUCGUUUCUUCUUUUCGGAAUUGAGGUGUGCACGUGUGCGGGCUUCGACUACAUCCUUUUUUUUUUAACCCAGAAUAAGGACGACGUGAGGCCAUUCAAAUCCUUUUCAUUGGCGUGCAGUACUGUGCCUCACCUGCCCUUAUCAGCUCAGCUCACGCAUACCUCUCUCGGGUGUGUAUUUGCAUGGGAAGCGGACCCGUGACAGCACACGCUGGAGUAAGAGAAAAAAAAAUACAGCUAAGAAGUUGAGCAGUGGCUCAAGAGGGAGGGGGAGAGAGGGAGAGAGCACGUACACAACGAGCAACUACUUGCUGCAUUAGAAACAAAUAUAUAUUUGUAUUUUUAAGCUUUCUUUUUUCUGUAUUUGCUAGUGAGUGAAAAUACGUUGAGCGCACUCACUUGUUUUCGUUUUUUUUCUUCUUCUUCUCUUAAUUCGUGGGUAAUACAACGCGUCCCCAGCGGCUGCGCAACCUGUCGCGUUUUGGUUGUAUUCAACUCUCUUCUCUUUUUUUCCUCAUUCACACGCCAGAGCAGAAGAAGGAGGCAGGUGCGUGAUAUAUAUAUAUAUAUAUAUAUAUAGUUUGUCGUCGCCGGCCGUGUGUCGUACGUUUUUGUGAGGUUAUACACACUCCUUUGACCCGAACAGUGAAAGGCUAAUAAAUAAAGGAAAAACGAGUGUUUGCACCACCUCUCCUUUCUCCCUUCUCUCGUGCGAAACCGCAGCGAUCACGGUGUUUUUUUUCUUUGUGGCUCUUUUGCCCUUUUCUCUUGUCUUUCCUUUCGUCCAUCGCACCCAACCGCGCCCGUGCCCGUUCGUAACGGGCAGUUGCAUCGAAGUAAAGAAGGCGCGGAUUUUGUUACUCUUCUUUCCAUCUCAUCGCUUUAGCCACUGCGUGUUUUUUUUCUUCUUCUCUUGCUUCUCGAAUACGUCUACACCGUGCGACAGGCUUGUACGCUACGGAAAAGGCUCUUGGCUGCCGGGCCGCUGUACGACUCUUUUUCUUCUUCCUCCAUUUCCCUCGCUGCUGCGUUGGCAGUUCGCAACUCGGUACACUCGCAGCGGCUGUGAAAGACACGCACGCACUCCGCUCGCUCGCUCUGUCUUGCUUUCCUUUUCUUGUGUUUCGUUUCGUUUUCCCUCCAUUCAUUGUCUAUCAUUUUCCUUUGUGCGUUGACACAGGCUCUUGUGUUGCUCUCGGCACCGUCGUCACCUACCCCGCCGCUGCUGCGCUGUGCUGCGACGCCAUUUCCGCCCUUUAUUAUUAUCAUUCUCUGUACACACCGCGCCUGCGUUUUUCUUUGGGGAACGCUUGUGUUUCCUCUGUCGACCCUGCAGCUGUGCUGGGAGCACCGGAUCGUGGGGCUUUGCUUUCCUCCUCCUUUCUUGUGACCCCCCCCCCCCCGUCCGCGGCACUGCGCAGAGGAAAAAUGUCCGACGUUGCGAGAGUGGCAUCGGGGCAUUCAGCCAAGCCCGCCGUCUUUGGGCACCAGAAGACGGGCGUCGACGCAAACGCGCCGUACGAGAAUGAGGGGGAGGCGGAGAGCACGCACGCCGCUCCCCCUCCACGCGCUCUGCCCUCGUCAUCCGCAUCCGCUGAGCGGCGCCUGCCAGAGACGACGCCGGCGAAGCUUCUUCACGAGCCGACCGCGGCAGGAGAGCCGGUCAUGGUCGCACGUGACCACCGCGUGUACGAAGCGGGUUUAGCGCCCUCGCUGCGCGUGUCUGGCAGCAGUGGAGGACAGAGCAGUGCUGCUGCCUCAGCGGCCACCGCUAUCCCUUCCUCUUCCUCUUCUCCCUCCUCCGCGGCUGCGAUGCGUUCCCGCCCCUCCCCCCUGUCCAGCGCGCGUGCGCCGGCAGGGGGACCGACAGGAGGCAGCGCCGGGGGCCCUGGCCGCUACGUCGACCCCUCUGCUGGGAGCGGCCUCGCCAUCCCCCCUUCCAUCAACGCCGCCACACGCCCGGACUCGGCGCGGUCAGCAACUUCCAAGACGGCUGCGUCGUCGUCCAGCGCCAGCGUUAACGCGCUGCCGACCAGCGAGACCACACCUCCCGCGACGAUGUCGCCACUAGUGACGAGUGGAGCUCCACCGCCGACUGCCGCAACUACGACGACCGCGACAUCCAACAGCAAUUUCAAUACGUUGAGCAGCAGCAGCGGCGUGUACGCUGCCGCCACGACGGUCCCUUCUUUGUCGAAGACCCUACCCUCCGCGUUUUCGCCGCCUAGCAACGGCGCUGCUGCAGCCACGAGGGAUUCGACGCAGGUGACUUCGUCAUCUACUACUACCGCUACUACUGCUAAUAUUGCUAAUACUACUACUACUACUACUACUACUACUUCUGCUGCUGCUGCUGUGGUUGCCGGGCAGCCGGCUGGCCAUACGUGGCUAAACUUCAGCAACGGCGCCAUGCCGCCGCCCCUGCAGUCCGCCGCCGCUUCCUCCUCCACUGCCGCUUCGACUUCUGUUUCGGGUGCGGGCCCGUCGCUCCCGCCGAUGCCCCCGCCGCCCCCGCCGCAUCUUUCCACUACCGCCAAAGCAGGAAGCAGUAACAACCACCACCACAACGGUGGCGCCUCCAGCGGGGCGGAGGCGGAGACGGACGAGACGGUGGCCGCGGCCUCCUACGCACGUCCGGCCGUUGCCCUCAGCGCCGAUUUGCUAGAGCUGUACAAGCUAGUCAACGCGCAGUACUGCGCCCAGCGACGACUGGAGUCGCCCGGUCCCAAGUACAACAACGGCUACGAUGACAAGGACGGCCAUUACGUGUUCCUCCCUGGCGAGGUCAUCUUCCAGCGGUACAUCGCGCAGGAGGUGCUGGGCAAGGGCAGCUUUGGCACGGUGAUUAGAGGCUUUGACCAGAAGCGGUCGGAGGCGGUGGCGAUGAAGAUCACGCGACGUGGCUCGAGCUUCCGCAGCCAAGCAAAGCUGGAGUUGGACAUCCUGCUGCGCGUCAACGAGAAUCAGGCGUUGAACCACCUCGUGGUGCGCCUGCUGAAGGUGUUUGAGUGGCAGGGGCACCUCGUGCUGGUGUUUGAGCUGCUGAGCUUUAAUUUGUACCAGCUGAUCAAGUGCACGCGCUUUAACGGUGUCAGCCUGGACCUCGUGCGGAAGUUUGCCUACCAGCUCACUCACACAUUGCUGCAGCUGGAGUCGCAGAAGCCGCACCCUAUUAUUCAUUGCGACCUGAAGCCGGAGAAUAUUUUGCUGCGCAACCAAAACCGCAGCGGCAUUCGCCUCAUCGACUUCGGCUCCGCCUGCUACACCGUCAAGCGCUUCCACCGCUACAUUCAAAGCCGCUUCUACCGCAGUCCCGAGGUAAUUUUGUUUUUAGAGUACGGCACGGCCAUUGACCGGUGGUCGUUGGCGUGUGUGUUGGUGGAGCUGCACACUGGCGUCCCCCUCUUCGACGGCCGCACCGAAGCCGCGCAGCUGUCCAAGUUCGAGUGCACGUUGGGCCCCGUUCCGGCGGAGAUGAUCGCAGCGUCGCCCAAGGCCAGCCGCUUCUACUUCGGCAGCCUCGCGGCAGGGUUUCAGUUGAAGGAGCCGGUGCCCGAGCGGCGCGGCCUCGAGAGCGUCCUCGGCGUCGCCACCGGUGGCCCCCGCGGCCGCCGCCUCGACACACCGGGCCACGACGAGAAGUCCUACCGCGAGUUCCUCGACUUCGUUGCUCGCUUACUGCGCUACCAGCCGGAGGAGCGGAUGAGCUGCCGAGACGCGCUGCAGCACCCUUUCCUAAUGCCGCUGUACAUGUCGGACUUAAUGCAGCAACAGGAGCGCGAGGCCCAGCAUCGCCAGCAGCAGAGUACCCUUCCCCAGCAACCCCCACAGCAACCAAGUCACCCACAGCCACAACCACAGCCGUCCCCUUCGCGGUCUGCCGCCAAGAAGAACGGCUCUGACGGGUCGCCUCUAACGGCAGAGGAGUAG